GGCCUCAGGUUCAUCUGCCCCCUCCCCUCUGUCUCUUAAACCUUUCCCUUCCCUCGGACUCUCUACUCCCUUGCUCUUCCUUCCCUGGCGGCGGCGCCUCGGCGAGCGGCGGCGCCAUUCGUCACGUCUUCGCACAGCCCUUUGCCGGCGACGAACGUCCUCCAGGGAAGGAGGAGGAGGAGGGGGAGCAGCCUUUGCCCCCGUGCAAAAUUUGGGUGCUGACUCUGUUGCCUUGUUCGCGAUUUUUCUAGGGGUCAGCUAAACCGGCAGCAGCGAGUGUUGUCAAGCCGCCGCCAUGCUGUUCUUCUCCUACUUCAAGGAGCUCGUGGGGAAGGAGGUGACGGUGGAGCUCAAGAACGACCUGGCGAUUCGCGGGACACUCCACUCGGUCGACCAGUACCUCAACAUCAAGCUCGAGAACACUCGGGUUGUUGACCAGGACAAGUACCCCCACAUGCUAUCUGUGCGGAACUGCUUCAUCAGGGGCUCAGUGGUGCGGUACGUGCUGCUCCCGCAGGACGGCGUGGACAUUGACAUCCUCCACGACGCCACCAGGAGGGAGGCGCGCGGAGGCUGAUCGACACGCCCCCCCAACCGUCCCCUCGCCCUCUUCCCCGACAGGAGCCCUGAUCCGAUCUGCGAAACAUGCAUCCAUCCUCCUUGUGUUAUUAGCCACAGACGCUGACUGGUCGAACUGUUAUCCAUCAGCUCCCCUGGUACUUUGCGGUGACAGACAUUCCAGGUUGGGUGACCUGCAUGUUCCUUGUGGGUUGCUAUUAGUAGUGCUAUUAGACCAAACCGGACCCACUGAUUAGCUGUGAUGUUUCGCCCGUCUGCGGCCAUGUUUUUCUUGAGACCUGCUACGCUAUCAAUUGGCAUGUCGUGCAGAGGAUUGCUGUUGAUUGACCA